CGGCCCUUGUAUUGGUCCCAUCAUGCACUGCAACCUGCAACGCGCACUCAGGAGGGAAGCUUGUUUUUGUCCACGUCCUGUUUGUUGCUAGUUGCCUUGCUCGCGUUUUUACACAGGAGUUGCAAGUGAGAGCGCUAGCGUGAUUUUUCCGACGUUAAUUUUACCUCGAAUAAUGUCCGCAGUAGAAGAAUCGGCUGAGCUGAAAGCUGGACAUCCACCUGCAGUCAAGGUGGGUGGCAUGCGAAUUACUCAGCAUAAGCCAGCAGGAGCUCCUCAUGAAAAGGCCCAGGAGCAGAAAAGAGAGGAUGGCGAUGAGGAGAUUGAGGAAGCACCCACUGUAAUUCCCAAACCACAUCUUGUAAUAUCUGGAGUUGUAGCAAGGGGUGAUGCGGACUUCCCAACAGAAGCAGUGCAGGCGUAUCACAACAAGCCCCAGGCUUCCCAUGAGUACAGGCCCGCUGUCAAUAAGCCUGGCAUCAUUCACCAGCCCAGGAAAUAGGACAUACACUGCAAAGGAUUGUCUCGACUGCUUCUUGCCUUGUUGGACCAAUGUUUUCAGAGCGCGUUUGUCACAUGUCUAAGUUAGCCUAGUGACCUUGGGGUAUUUGGGAUGCAUCUAUUUUUACAUUCUUCCGCUAUGUUUCUAGUUUGCUCUGCUUGAUAAAAGCAUGUCUGUUGGGGAUUCUGGGUUGUUCCUUGAAAGUGGUUACUACAUUAGUUUUACUUGGAAAGCAUUAAGAAUAAAGCAAGUUUGAAUGUUA